AUGCAUGCCUGCAUACUAGUGCAAGCCUCUACUAUGAAUGGUUUAACGACAUUUCACAUAAACUAUUGUCAUUCGCUGACCCUGUCUGAAGUGUUGCCCCUUUUCAUUGUGUUCAUCAAGCAGUGUACUUUCAACGCCUCUUUCCUCUCUUCACCAACCUCGUCGGACAUCUCCCCAAUACGCCGUCAACAUCCCAGGCGCUCUUUCUCUUUUAUCUGCUACAUUCUCCUUCUUCUCGCCUUUCAACUUCCCUGGCAAUUUGCUCAAUUUGCUCUCUUCUCCCAACUCAUCUCCCUUAUGGCCACUUACGCCCUCGUUGCUAUGGUAACGGUCCUCUCCUCCACCCCCCAUAAAUCGGCAACUUCGUCUACUGACGUAGUGACAGUUAUAAUGCUCACAAGUCUCUCUCGACGCCUGCUUGAGAUUCUCGGGUGUCAGGUUGUUGCCUUAAUCAUCUCCUGGGUUCUGCAGUUCGGAAAUCGUCUUCUCCUCACUUCGACGUAUCUCCCGUGUUUGUUUGGCUGUUUUCUUGCUCACUUGAUAUUCCUCUCUAUGAGUUGUCUUCUCAUCUCUUUGAUCAUUCGAUUGCUGCUUCAAUAUGGACUGGCUCUUGAGUUCUCCGAUGGAGCUCACAUUAUUGACUUACUAAAGGUGAAACUUCUUCGCGGUGCACCAACCUUUCACACCCUCCUCUACACUUGCGCUGCCGCUUUCGAUUACCUCCCGAUUGCCACUUGGGUAAAACUCUUUCAAACUCUCCUGCUACCGGGGGCCAUUUUAGCUGCUCUUCUGACUUUCAGACAAGCACUUCUUCCAUUCAGGUCUGAUUUUUCUAGUUCAAGCAAAUCCAAGUCUUCUCAAAUCUCAAAAUCCAAUACCUCAAUUACUAAGAAAUCAGUAAUUACCACCACAGGGAAAGAUGACGACAGUGAUAUCACUGAGGUGGAAGCCGGAGCUUCAGCCAUCUCCAGUAAAUCUUGGAGUCUCCAAGAGCAAAUCCUCUUGGCUCGAAUAACUCCCAUUCUUAUAGCUGAUGUAGUGUCCGUUUUUGUCAUCAUUCAGCUUUUCGCCUUUGGUCUGCUUGCAUCCUUGGUAAUGCGACUCAAGCUCUUCUUCACUCCUCAACUCUGUCUCUCCCUAGCGAUACUUGCUCAAUCGCGUCUCUUCUUCGGUUCCCAUAAAGUUCUUCCCCACACUCCCUCCAAUUGCCUCAAAAGGAGGACGUUGUCUUGGAAGAAAUUGCUUCUACUAAAUGCGGCUUUUGUUGGUGCAAUUGCUCUCUCCGCACACCACGGAAUCCCCAAUUUGAGGGUAGGCCUUGUGGUUUUAGCAAAUAAGUAG